CCGCUUCCGCUCUUCCCGGGUAGAGUCUAUCCUGGCGGGGUCGCGGGGUCGGGAUGGCUGCUGGAGGUGAUCAUGGUUCGCCCGACAGCUACCGCUCACCUCUUGCCUCCCGCUAUGCCAGCCCGGAGAUGUGCUUCGUGUUUAGCGACAGGUAUAAAUUCCGGACAUGGCGGCAGCUGUGGCUGUGGCUGGCGGAGGCUGAGCAGACAUUGGGUUUGCCUAUCACAGAUGAACAAAUCCAGGAGAUGAAAUCAAACCUGGACAACAUCGACUUCAAGAUGGCAGCUGAGGAAGAGAAACGAUUACGACAUGAUGUGAUGGCUCACGUGCACACGUUUGGCCACUGCUGUCCAAAAGCUGCAGGCAUUAUUCACCUUGGUGCCACUUCUUGCUAUGUUGGAGACAAUACUGACUUGAUUAUUCUUAGAAAUGCACUUGACCUGCUUUUGCCAAAGCUUGCCAGAGUGAUCUCUCGGCUUGCCGACUUUGCUAAGGAACGAGCCAGUCUACCCACGUUAGGUUUCACACAUUUCCAGCCUGCACAGCUGACCACAGUUGGGAAACGUUGCUGUCUUUGGAUUCAGGAUCUUUGCAUGGAUCUCCAGAACUUGAAGCGUGUCCGAGAUGACCUGCGCUUCCGGGGAGUAAAGGGCACCACUGGCACUCAGGCCAGUUUCCUGCAGCUCUUUGAGGGAGAUGACCAUAAGGUAGAGCAGCUUGACAAGAUGGUGACAGAUAAGGCGGGAUUUAAGAGAGCUUUCAUCAUCACAGGGCAGACAUAUACACGAAAAGUGGAUAUUGAAGUACUGUCUGUGCUGGCUAGCUUGGGGGCGUCAGUGCACAAGAUUUGCACCGACAUACGCCUCCUGGCAAACCUCAAGGAGAUGGAGGAACCCUUUGAAAAACAGCAGAUUGGCUCGAGUGCGAUGCCAUACAAGCGGAAUCCCAUGCGUUCAGAACGUUGCUGCAGUCUUGCCCGCCACCUGAUGACCCUUGUCAUGGACCCGCUACAGACAGCAUCUGUCCAGUGGUUUGAACGGACACUGGAUGAUAGUGCCAACCGACGGAUCUGUUUGGCCGAGGCAUUUCUUACUGCAGAUACUAUACUGAAUACGCUGCAGAACAUUUCUGAAGGAUUGGUAGUGUACCCCAAAGUAAUUGAACGGCGCAUUCGGCAAGAGCUGCCUUUCAUGGCCACAGAGAACAUCAUCAUGGCCAUGGUCAAAGCUGGAGGUAGCCGCCAGGAUUGCCAUGAGAAAAUCAGAGUGCUUUCUCAGCAGGCAGCUUCUGUGGUCAAGCAGGAAGGGGGUGACAAUGACCUCAUAGAGCGUAUCCAGGCUGAUGCCUACUUCAGUCCCAUUCACUCCCAGUUGGAUCGUUUACUGGAUCCUUCUUCUUUCACUGGUCGUGCCUCCCAGCAGGUGCAGAGAUUCUUAGAAGAGGAGGUGUAUCCCCUGUUAAAACCAUAUGAAAGUGUGAUGAAGGUGAAAGCAGAAUUAUGUCUCUAGAGUUGGAAGAGAAUUAAACGAAAAAUCAUUAAUUGCUGAGGCAUGAAAAUUGUGUUACUGUAAUGCCUUAUUUUACCUCGAGAAUUGUUACCUUAAAUUAAUACAGUGCUUUCUUCUAUCCAUGGUGCUUUCCCAUUUCUCAGUCUCACAUUUCUCAACAAUGCAGAAACGAAGAGCAUUGAAGUUUACUCUGUUGUUUACAACAACACAAACUUGCAUAAUAAAUGUAGUUCGUACUUGA